GCUAGCCCCACAACCGCAACUGCUAGCACCGCUACCACAACUGCUAGCCCCACAACUACAACUGCUAGCACCACUACCACAACUGCUAGCCCCACAACCACAACUGCUAGCCCCACAACCACAACUGCUAGCCCCACAACCACAACUGCUACCUCCACUACAACCACAACUGCUAGCCCCACAACCACAACUGCUAGCCCCACAACUACAACUGCUAGCCCCACAACCACAACUGCUAGCCCCACUACAACCACAACUGCUAGCCCCACAACCACAACUGCUAGCCCCACAACUACAACUGCUAGCCCCACAACUACAACUGCUAGCACCACUACCACAACUGCUAGCCCCACAACCACAACUGCUAGCCCCACUACCACAACUGCUAGCCCCACAACCACAACUGCUAGCCCCACUACCACAACUGCAAGCCCCACAACCACAACUGCUAGCCCCACAACCACAACUGCUAGCCCCACUACCACAACUGCUAGCCCCACAACCACAACUGCUAGCCCCACAACUACAACUGCUAGCCCCACAACUACAACUGCUAGCCCCACUACCACAACUGCUAGCCCCACAACUACAACUGCUAGCCCCACUACAACCACAACUGCUAGCACCACUACCACAACUGCUAGCUCCACAACUACAACUGCUAGCCCCACUACCACAACUGCUAGCCCCACUACCACAACUGCUAGCCCCACAACUACAACUGCUAGCUCCACAACUACAACCGCUAGCCCCACUACCACAACUGCUAGCCCCACAACCACAACUGCUAGCCCCACAACCACAACUGCUAGCCCCACAACUACAACUGCUAGCCCCACUACCACAACUGCUAGCCCCACUACCACAACUGCAAGCCCCACAACCACAACUGCUAGCCCCACUACCACAACUGCUAGCACCACUACCACAACUGCUAGCCCCACAACCACAACUGCUAGCCCCACUACCACAACUGCUAGCCCCACUACCACAACUGCUAGCCCCACAACUACAACUGCUAGCACCACAACUACAACUGCUAGCCCCACUACCACAAUUGCUAGCCCCACAACUACAACUGCUAGCCCCACUACCACAACUGCUAGCACCACUACCACAACUGCUAGCCCCACAACUACAACUGCUAGCCCCACAACCACAACUGCUAGC